AUGGCCUCCAACGGUUCCCAGGCAUUGGAGUCUGCAUUGGAUCAGUUUCAGCACAUUGUGGGUUCGAUUGGCGAGCACGCCCAUCCGCCGUUCCACCAAGUGAGGUGGAAUUCAGAGAAGGUAUUGGCUCGGAUGCGAGAAGCCAUUGCCAUUUUCCACGUUCAUUUGGCAUGCAUUGCCUCGUUAUUGGAAUUGCACCAAUGGAAAGUUGCACUUGUCGAGGCAACGCAGAUUGUGGACAAUUAUGUCACAGUCACAUUGAACGAAGGAUUCAUCCACCUUGAUUGCCCGAUCAUUCUGGAGAUUGCGGAAAUUCUGCACGAUGCAUUGACUGCAUGUUCGCGCCAAUACGUGCGAUUCAACGGUCGCAUUGGCGGAAUUGAAGUGCAGCUCGGUUGGACGAUUGGGAACAAGUAUUCCAGGACAUUGACUCCCGACGGAUUCCCUGUCCAUUGCGGAUACGCCAAUUGCAUCUUUCUCAACCUAUUGUAUGUCUGUAAUCGCUGCAUUGGGACCAUGAAUGCGCAGGACAUUGAAGAUGGCAUUCCCAUCUUCUCGCCAAAUCUGGCAUUCCUCAUUGUGGAGAAGUCUGUCGAGUGUUAUUAUGCAUUGAAGUCCACAUUCACUCGCUCGAUUGCGGUGACCUCGUACAAUUGCAGACAGUACGCCCCUGUGGACGGAUUGACAGAUUGGUUCGCCUGCAUUGCUCUCCCAGCAAGCAUCAUUGAGUCAUUGAACAGCGGAUUGACUACGCUGAUACCCACGCCAUUGGGUCAACUCAAUGCCCAAUUGAGCGUGGGUGCAGCAUUGAGAAAGCUCUGUCAUUGGUAUAGACAAAACAGAUUCACUGAUGCCCAAAAUCGGGAAUUGGUGAAGAUCAUUGUCUUUCGACCAUUGAAGCGAAUGACUGACACGCGAUUGAAGGCCCCCGAUGGUGUGGGAGGCUUUGCAUUGUACCACAAUUGUUCGUUUUUGUCGAGCAGCUGGUGCCUCACCAUUGACAGCACACAUGAUGCGAUUGCGAAUACGUAUUCGUACAUUCUGCCUGGAUUGGUACGCCAGCACAGCAUUGUCUUGGAGUUGCCGACCUUGAAUGUUGAGGGAUUGGCGUCUUUGGUUCACAAUUCCAGCUAUGCGAAUUGGUUUCCAACGGAGACGGUGCACCGGCAUUGCACCUUGCCAUUGACGCACCUGGAAAUUGAAGGAACGCCAGAAUUGUACCUUCUUGCUGAGAAUUGCGAUGAGAUUGCUGCGGAUGAGAUUGCCUCCAAUGCGAAUGCGAGCAUUGGGUCAAGCACAGAUCCAUUGCCAUCGGCAUUGACCAAGGAGGAGUACAACAUUAUGUUGUCCACCGCAGCGGCCAUUGCGAAGAAACGCAAAGGUCAAUGA